AUGCCCGCUCUGCCCGAUUCCUUGAGCACUGCAAUCGAUGCCCUGCGCAUUGCCUCUAGCACGCCGCCGAAGCAGCGCCCCCAAAGCGUCGCCGCCCAUGUCGAUGCCGUGUGCAGUCACGCCUACCAGAAUGGCCUCGCCCGCGACCAGCUCAAGGCCAUCGUCGCAAUUGUCACGCGCAAGGCCCGUCUUGACCAAACCAGCCAAACCAAUCUGGUCAAGAAUCUCUACCCGGCCGACAGGAUAUCCUCCGAGAUCAUCACCACGGUCGUAUGCGGCCUCGGACAGGGCCAAGCCAAGCCCUCGUCCGCCACCCAGUCCGCCCUCGUCAAGUGGCUAAUUGCCGUCCUUGACGUCCUCGAAGAUGCAACCAUCUUGUCCAAGCUGUACGGCCUUAUCUUCAACCUGCUUGACAUGCUGGCACUUCGCACGCCGCUCUGCCAUCUGCUGUCUUUGAUCACAAGACGGAAACACGUAAGACCAUUCCGCAUUCAACAGCUGCUGGAAUUGGUGCGUGCGACUGCCCAGGAUCCCGCUCUAGUCGGUUUGUUACGGGUCUACAAAGACUACUAUCCAGACAUCAUCAUUGGCAAUGCGGCUACUAGCCGGGCGUCGCUCCCGACGCCGUCGCAAGAUGAGUGGCGGCAGAGGCUGCACGCUAUCCAGGAAGCGAACGCGGAAAGGGCGGAGCGGGUCAAACCGCAUCAAAACGGCUUCAAGGUGAUACGCCGUGGGGCAAAGCGGAGCAAAGCGUCGAUUGUCCCCGAGGUACACACGUCGCGCGCGCAUGAGACGUCUGUCACACUCGACGAGCUCGAUACUGCCGACGAUCUAAUUAAGAGCCUGGACAAGGUCGAACUGCCUAACCAGAUUCUGGCCUCACUGAAGGACCCGCUCCUGCAGAAGUACCUGAUCCUCAAGUCAUCUGAUGUCGCUGCAAGGAGACUCGAGUUUUGGCUGGAGUGCUUCCUUCGUGACGCACUCGAUGCCACUGCGGACGGCUCGGGUGCUCCGAGCGACCUCAACGAGCUCUUGGAAGGGCUCCUCAGCUACACCAAAGCCACAAAGAUUCUCCUCCCGAUUGUCCAAGAAUUCUUCAAGUCCUACCUCACUGUCUGGAACGGCUCUGAUUGUUCCGCUGCCGUCAUUGGCCUUCUGUCUUUCUUGCCCAUACAAACCUUUGACGGCUUCCGAGACACGUAUCUCAAACCAGCAGAAAUCGCCAUUGUAUCGAGUGGUACAGAUGAUGCAUACGAACGCCUUCUCGAUCUAUACACACAGCUCACGCGAAAGUGGGCGCAUGCAGCCAACAACGAUGGCAAAGACGCCUCCGGACAGCCUCAGCCAGGCGGACCACUAUCCCAAAACUUUGCCAAUUUGACAACGCACAUCUCAACAACCAUCCUCUCCAUCCUCUCGUCGGUCCCCUUGACGACCAACACCGCUACAUCUACCCUCACAUUCUACAGCACCCUCGCCACCCUUUCCACUCCUAUCACACCGCUCACCAUUCCGCCCGCCCUCACUAUCUACAACCUCCUCUUCCACCCCUCCCUUGCCACCCUCUCCCAGGUCUGCGCCCUCCUCACCACCUACAAGCGCGCCUUCGAAGCCGACAUGCACAGCGUGACGCUCCCGCGUGCCACCACCAAUGCUUUCAACGGGUACCUCAUGGACGUCGCCAACCUGCUCUGGCGCUCCCGGGGUCUAACAUCGCACGACCUCAACGCGCUCGCCUGCCUCUGCCCCGCACCCCUCCACGACGCGCUGAACGCCUACGUCGCGCGGCUAGAAACAGUCCCUGCACUCGCAGCGGCAGCAGCCGCCGCCAACAAUAGCAGCAGCACGACGCCGACGCCCGCCACGCCGCCGCCACCCAAGCCGGCCGAGUACACCCUGACGGCGCACUUCUCGCUGCCGGCAAACCAUCUGACGUGCGCGCCGGCGGCAGCGGCGUUCGCGCGGCUUGAGCAGCGCGCCGUCCUGGCCGCGGAUGCGGUGCGCCAUGCUCCCGGCCCCGUCUCGCAGCGCAGCCUGCAUCGCCUGGCGAAGGCGGGCGGGAUGGAGCUGUCGUGGAAGGCGUAUCGAGUGGAGGUGCUGAGGUGGUUGGAGGAAAAGGGUGUUACGGGCAUACGCGACUUUAUGUUUGCGACGAUGAAGGAUUUGAUGAGGGAGGCGGCUUGAGGUGGGGUUGUGGGAUGAGGGGAGGGGAGGGGGAUGGUGGGGUCGUGGGGUAAGGUGCUGGAGGUGCCUUGAUGGUAUCAACUUGCCUACCUGCAUGCAUACUUGACAGAGCUCAUCAGUACGAGUACU